UCUCUGCAGGAGCAGCUCCAUGAAAACAUCUUCGUCGUGGACCGUCAGGUCUGGGCAUCUUCCUCUUGUUUCGGGUCCCUCAGCUCGGAGUCAGCUGCUCGUCGUUAUCUGCGAGUGCCAGCAACAUGGCGGAGCAGAACCUGCAGGCCAAGCUGAAGAACCUACUGAAGCAGGAGAAGGUCCAGCUGUGGAAUCCUCCGUUCACCCAGGAGGACGACCAGUCGGGCGCCGCGCAGCUACAGGAGCUGGCGCAGCGCUACGCCUCGGUCCUCCACCAGUCCGUGGAGGAGGUAGGGGGCGCUCUGGAGUCCAUCCGCGUUCAGGCGGUGGCCAGAGGGAAAGGCAACCGGACCUUCAGGGAGACCAGCGUGGCGACGCUGGAGCUGCUGCUGCCCAGAGAGGCCAAGAAGGACUCCAAAACAAAGUCCCACCUGGAGACCCGGCUGGACGUCCCGGUGCAGCAGCUGGUGGACAGGAUCGCAGAGGAUUUCAGCCUGAAGCACGUCAAGCUGAUCCUGAACGGCAGAACCCUGCGGCCCGAACGGCGGCUGGACGAGCAGGGCGUGAAGAACUACAGCAAGGUCAUGGUGCUGAAGGUCAGCGACGCCGAGCAGGUCAGCAGGGAGGAGGAGGAGCAGAGGAACCAGAGCCAGAUCCUGCAGCGGACCCAGAAAGGCUUCCAGAUCCUGUCAGAGAGAGACGGCAGCGAGGAUCCAGAGACCACGCCCUUCCUGGAGAUCGCCGACCAGAAAGGAAACCCGCUGAAGAUCCCGCAAGACGAGAAGAAGGCUCUCAUCCUGGCCAUGGGCUUGCAUGAGAAGGGCCGCUCCCUGAUGAAGAGGAGGCAGUUUGACUCCGCCCUCUGCCACCUGCUGCAGGCCGACCAGCACUUCAGUCGGUGCGGCUCGGCGAUGCUGGGCUCCGUGGACAACUUCGCCGUGCUGCAGCUGGACAUCGUGUGGUGCUACCGGGCCCUGGAGGCGCUGUCCUGCCUGGAGGACGGGCGCAGCCGGCUGCAGCGCGCCGAGGACUGCUUCCUGCGCUGCUACGGCGAGCAGCAGCAGCGCCUGCUGAUGAUCAAGGGCAACACGGGACGAGAGGAAGUCCUGUUCCUGCGGCUGUACCUGCUGCAGAGCCUGCUCUGCUUCCUGGAGGGAAACGACCAGCAGGCCCGAGUUCUGCUGGCCAAGGUGGAGGACCUGUACGGCCGUAUGGUUCCGGACUCGGAGAAGAUGGCCCGGCUGCUGGUUCUGGGUUUCUCUGAGCGGGAGGCCCGGUUGGGCCUGCGGGCCUGCGGAGGAGACCUGCAGGCGGCCGCCGUCCUCAUCAGCAACCGGCGCCAGGAGCGCGAGGAGCAGCAGCAGAAGGAGCGCCAGCGGCGGAGGACGAGGAUGGAGGACGUGUCCCGGCUGGUGGAGCUGGGCUUCUCCAGGGCGGACGCAGCCAGAGCGCUGCACCGCGCGCAGGGGGACGUGGACAAGGCGUCCACGAUCCUGCUGGACUCUUCCCUGGUGUCUCCACAGGACGCAGUCAGUCCAGAGAAGGUGGAGCAGCUGCUGUACCUGGGGUUCCACAGGGUCCCGGCUGAAGUGGCCCUCAGAUUGUCUGGAGGAGACAUUCAGUCUGCAACUCAGCUGUUGCUGGACAACCAGGGCGUCCUGUCCCCAGACCUGCUGUCUCCGCCGUCCACGUCCUCUUCGUCCUCCUCUCCGUCCUCUGAGGAGGCCGGCUCCUCGUCCACCUCCCCAGAGGACAGCCAGCUGGUCAGCGAGGUCUUGGAGGACAUUUCCCGCCACGAGGAGGACUACCUGGACCUGACCCUGGAGGACGAGAGCCACCUGAUCUCCACCCUGAGGACGUACCUGGACCGAGGCCCGGCCCGCUCCGUCUGAGACCGCAUGGGGCCCAAACGGGACCGGAUGGAACCAGCUGUUUGUUUCUUUUCAGGCGGGUUUUGUUUUUUUUCUGAUGAGUCAGUUUGAAGGUCAUCCUGACGGAGGUCGGAGGUCGGAUCCAUUCUGUUUGGUGUUCCUGUCUGUUUGGUUCUGAUGGACCCGUAAUAAAAAGUUCUGCCUGAAAGCAAGAA